AUGUUUGGAAAGUCAUCCUCCAAAGUCAAUCAGUGGUUGGAACGUCGUCGACCACAAUCCGCUUAUUAUCCUUCGUCGUCAUCCACCAAGCUACAAAUCUCACCCGAUAAUCAGGAUGAAUCAUGCAAAAAUGGAUCUACCGCCCAUAGCAACGCCACAUUGGCACGACGCGCCUUUUCUUUGCAACAGCAUGGUUCAGGUCAUAGCAACCGAGUAGCAUCACCAUCACAGAAUGAAACGAGUAGCAGCAGCAACAAUAAUAAUCAUCCUCUAUCAAUCCCCACACGACAUACCAGCAAGUUUUAUAAGUUGGAUCCAGAGCUACAGGCCCGUGUUGACAAUGUGCUUGAAAGUGACCAACUUAAACAACUCAUGGAUCGUCUUCAACAACAGAAAAAGACACAACGACAAUCGCAACCACCUCCUGCUGUUCCACCUCAUUACGUCUGCUAG